AUAACUUCUUAGCCUUAGCUCCCUGAAUUUUGGUUCUUUCAAAGGAAUUGGGACACUCAACCAACAUUUUGAGGGGCUAGUUGUUUGUGCUCUCUGGGAGUAUCUCUGAUCCAUUCCCCUGUCAAUCCCUCCACUUCAUGGGCCCCUCUCUGUGCACCCCUAACCCCAGUGGGGGAGGAGAGUUUAGUCUUGGGAUAGGUCUGUCUCUUUUUAGGUCAGCCCGCCCCCAGCUUCAACGGGAUAAAAGCCCAUUGCCAGUGAGAGGUGUUGACAAUGUCAGAGAUGAAGCUAUUCUUGACCUUGGCAGGCCUCCUGGCCUCCCUGGCCAUGCUUCAGACUGGCAAUGGUGCCACUCCAGCUCUCCUGGGGGAAGUGGAGAAUUCAGUGGUGCUGAGCUGUAUGGAGGAGGCCAAGCAGCUAGUGGACAGAGCCUACAAGGAGCGGAGAGAAAGCAUCAAGCAGAGCCUUCGAAGUGGCUCCGCCAGCCCCACAGAACUCCUGUUCUACUUUAAGGAGCCGGUGGCGGGCACCAGAACAGCUGUGAGGGCUGCUGACUAUCUGCACGUGGCCCUAGACCUGCUGAAGAGGAAGCUGCAGCCCCUGUGGCCACGGCCUUUCAAUGUCACAGAUGUGUUGACACCUGCUCAGCUGAAUCUGUUGUCUGUGUCAAGUGGCUGUGCCUAUCAGGACGUGGGAGUGACAUGCCCACAGCAGGACAAGUAUCGCACCAUCUCUGGACACUGCAACAACAGACGCAGCCCCACUCUGGGGGCCUCCAACCGCGCCUUUGUGCGCUGGCUGCCUGCGGAGUAUGAAGAUGGCGUCUCCAUACCCUUCGGCUGGACGCCCGGGAUCAAUCGCAAUGGCUUCAAGGUGCCCCUGGCUCGCCAGGUCUCCAACGUCAUCGUGCGCUUCCCCAACGAUCAGCUGACCAAGGACCAGGAGCGCGCGCUCAUGUUCAUGCAGUGGGGCCAGCUUCUGGAUCAUGAAGUCACCUUGACUCCAGAGCCAGCUACGCGGUUCUCCUUCUUCACUGGCCUCAACUGUGAGACCAGCUGCCUGCAGCAGCCACCCUGCUUCCCCCUCAAGAUCCCACCCAAUGACCCUCGAAUCAAGAACCAAAAGGACUGCAUUCCCUUCUUCCGCUCCUGCCCGGCAUGCACCAGGAGCAACAUCACCAUUCGCAACCAGAUCAACGCGCUCACUUCGUUCGUGGAUGGCAGUGCGGUGUAUGGCAGCGAGGACCCCCUGGCCAGGAGGCUGCGCAACCUCACCAACCAGCUGGGGCUGCUGGCGGUCAAUACACGCUUCCAAGACAACGGCAGGGCCCUGCUGCCCUUUGACAACCUGCACGAUGAUCCCUGCCUCCUCACCAACCGCUCUGUCCGCAUUCCUUGUUUUCUGGCAGGGGACAUGCGCUCCAGUGAGAUGCCGGGGCUCACCUCCUUGCACACCCUCUUCGUCCGAGAGCAUAACCGGCUGGCCACACAGCUCAAGCGCCUGAAUCCUCGAUGGAAUGGGGAGAGGCUCUACCAGGAGGCUCGGAAGAUUGUGGGGGCCAUGAUCCAGAUCAUCACAUACCGGGACUACCUGCCCUUGGUGUUGGGGCCAGCAGCCAUGAAGAAGUACCUACCCCAGUACCGAUCCUACAAUGACUCAGUAGAUCCUCGAAUCGCCAACGUCUUCACCAACGCUUUCCGUUACGGCCACACCCUCAUCCAACCUUUCUUGUUCCGCCUGGACAAUCAGUACCGGCCCACAGGGCCCAACCCCCGUGUCCCACUCAGCAAGGUCUUUUUUGCCAGCUGGAGAGUCGUGCUGGAAGGUGGCAUUGACCCCAUUCUCCGAGGCCUCAUGGCUACUCCUGCGAAACUGAAUCGCCAGAACCAGAUUGUGGUGGAUGAGAUCCGGGAGCGACUGUUUGAGCAAGUCAUGAGGAUAGGGCUCGAUUUGCCUGCUCUUAACAUGCAGCGUAGCCGGGAUCAUGGUCUCCCAGGAUACAAUGCCUGGAGACGCUUCUGUGGGCUUCCACAGCCCAGCACAGUGGGUGAACUCGGCACGGUGCUGAAGAACCUGGGACUGGCACGGAAGUUGAUGGCACAGUAUGGCACGCCCAACAACAUUGACAUCUGGAUGGGCGGUGUGUCUGAGCCCCUGGAGCCCAACGGCCGCGUAGGUCAGCUCCUUGCCUGUCUCAUUGGCACUCAGUUUAGGAAGCUACGCGAUGGAGAUCGGUUUUGGUGGGAGAACCCAGGUGUGUUCAGCACACAGCAGAGACAGGCCUUGGCCAGCAUCUCCUUGCCCCGUAUCAUCUGUGACAACACUGGCAUCACCACUGUGUCCAAGAACAACAUCUUCAUGUCCAACUCAUACCCCCGAGACUUUGUCAGCUGUAACACCGUUCCUAAACUGAACCUGGCUUCCUGGAAGGAGGCCUAGAGGCUGGGGGUCUCCCAGGAGAGGAACGGAGGUCAUUGGCCUUUCUGUGCUAUUUGUACCUGAGAUUCACACUAAUAAAACAUGGUGGAUG